AUGGCGCAGCAAAGGAGGCUGCAUAGGGACAUUGGCCAGACGAGCUUGCAGCCAACCAGCAGACCACCAAGCCGGCCUCCCACAGUGGCACCUCCCCUUCUUGGGCAGUCGGUUGGCAAAGUCAGCAAGCAGACGCGCCUGCAACCACCCAGCAAACCACCGAGCCAGCCUCCCAGAGUGGCUCACGUGGCUCCGGCGCUUCCUCCGCAACCGCCCGCUAGGGUUCCCCCGCCACCGCCUCAAACGCCGCCGAGGUUCUCAGCAGCCUUGUCCUUUGAAAUCGCAGACCUGGUCGCAACGGCUCCAGCGCUUGUCGUGCCGAUUGCUCCCAGUGCAUCCGAGACGCCGGGCGCAGAGGGGCUGUCGACUGAAUUGAUCGACCGCCACAGACUCCUGGAGUGCUCCAGAAAGCACAUCAUCCAGAGUGGGGAUUGGCUCUCACCUAUGCAGUGCAUGCGCUACAAGCCGCGAAGGCCCUGUGAGCAUGUGGAUGCAAGCGGCCAGCCCGCGUAUCCGACGGAGGUACCCUGGUGGUGCGAGGAUCCACGCUUCUUUGAGAAAGCCACUGCGAAAGCCCAGAUCCAAAUGCUCUUCAGCAUUUUCUAUUACCAGCCCAAUACCUAUCGGCAGUACCUAGCAUCAGAGGAAUUGAAGAGGAACACCUGGCGCUACCACUGCAAGUAUGAAGCUUGGUUCCAGCGGCAGGAGAUCCCACGGAUCGUGACACCACGAUUUGAGCGUGGAUCCUUCUACUUCUUCGACGUCGAGUCUCUGCAAGUGAAGACCAGGGAUGACUUCACAUUCGAAUAUGCCUGGCUGGAGGACACAGGGUAG